AUGGAAAAACAAAUAUUUUUUUUGGUGUAAAAAAAAACAAAAAAACAAAAACCCCUCUUAAAACCCACCGUUAAAAACCAACGGCCACCAUUUUCAGUGCUCAACACUAGGCCAAAGCAGGGGUGGAAGGGUCGGAAAUGCCCCACAUAAAAGCGAACCAUCUGAGCUCCCUCUUUGGCUCCUCCAGAAGAAUCGCCCCUUCCUCCUCCGUCGCCGCCGUUGUCAAAGACGCCGUCAUCACUUCCUCAAAAAAGAAAUUACGCUCUCCUCAUACCUCCUCUUCUUCCUAUUCGAAGGUAAAAUCGUCUUUCCGCAAGCAGACUCGCCAGAAGAAUCAUCCGCCCUCCGUCGCCGAUUCUGCUACAGAAGGGGAACCGAUUGAGCAUGAAACGCAUGGAAUAUCUUCAAAAUUGUCUGGUAUGACAAACUGGGAUCUCGAUGAUCCAUCUGCCUCUGAAGUGGCUAGUCAUGGCAAAGCAUUGGAGGAUGAUUCUAACUUGCCUUGGUUUACUACUUUGUUCAAUAGCAGCACACCACUGCGUCGUAAAGAGUUAUCUCAGGAUCGAAAGAAUAAAUGGAUCUUCAAGAACACCCAAAAGCUACGUUUUGAUAAGUUGGUUAAUUUGUGCUCGGAUAAAGUCGGAUCAGGUUCAACUUUUGACGUGUUAUAUAAAUUAGGUCGAGGGACAGGUUUGAAAGAGUAUAAUGCUUUCAUAAAAACUUGCUUAGAGACAGCAAGAAAUUGUAAUGAUGAGAAGGUCCAGAUGGAGCAUAUUUUGCAGGCAUACCGACUGCUUCGAUUAAUGAAGGAACGAGGUUUUCCAAUAGAAGAGGAGGCAUUUGGCCCAUUUUUAAUGUUACUAAUUGACAUGCAUAUGGAUGAUCAAUUUUUAAUCCUUCUUGAGAUUAUCAAAGAUGAAGAUCCUAGUUUACAUCCACGAUUAGGCUACUAUGAGAUGCAUUUUUGGAUUGAGAUGAAUAAUGAAGAAAAGGUUCAUGAGUUUUGCCAACGUAUUUCUUCUGGUGAGAGUGAAAUGGGAUCCUUAUUGCACGAAAAUUAUUUGUUGGCACUGUGUGAAAGAGAUAGGAAGAAGGAGCUUCUUCAGUUGCUAGACAUCAUAGACAUAACCAGAGUGUCGUCAUUGGAUAAUGUAGCUAGCAUUUUCAGAUCCCUGGGGCGGCUAUCAUUGGAAGCUUUUGCAGAGUUGUUUGUUUUGGUAUUGAAAGAUUGCGGUCAUAAGGCCCAAAGUAUUUCAGAUUUGAUCUACUCCUAUGCGUCUAGCUCAAAAAAUACAACGGUUGAUGAUGUUAUUUUGAAAUUGAAAGAGAUGCAUGGAAAACUGGAUCUUGCACUUUUACCUUCGUCAUAUGAGAAUCUCAUUACAUUUUGUCUUGAUUCUACUAAGGUCCAUAUGGCUUUGGAUUUAGUUGACGAGAUGUGUGAAGUAGGUUUAUCCUUAUCGCCGGGAGCACUCAAUGCCAUAUGUAAUGCUUGUGAGGGGAGCUGCGAGUUUAUACUGGUUCGUCGGAUCUAUUCAAUGCUCUGCAACCACAAUUUGAAGCCUAAUAGUGAGACAAUCAGGAGCAUUAUCAACUUGAAUGUUAGAAUGAAAGAUUUUGAUCAUGCAUAUGCCGUGUUGAAGGAUUUGGAAAAGAUGAAGAUAGCGCCUUCAGCAAGUAUGUACAACGCUAUAUUGGCUGGUUAUUACAGAGAGAAAAACAUGGAUGGUGUGCUGAGGGUCCUCAAAGAAAUGGAAGAUGCAGAUGUCAAACCAGAUUCUCAGACUUUCGGCUAUCUGAUAAGCAACUGUUCAUGUGAAGAAGAUAUUAUUAAGUAUUAUGAACAAUUAAAGGAUGCUGGUGUUCAAGCCACAAAACAUAUUUUUAUGGCACUUAUAAAUGCAUAUGUGGCGUCUGGCCAAUUUGAGAAGGCCAAGGAGGUUGUAUUAGAUAAAGGGAUACAAAGAAAGAACUUAAAUGAAAUCAAAAGUGUUCUUGUCUCGUCCCUUGCUAAUCAUGGGCAAAUAUCUGAUGCCCUGGACAUUUACAAGGAAAUCAAACAGAGUGGUUCCUCUUUGGAGCCAAAGGCUGUUAUAGCUCUCAUUGAACGACAGCAGUCUAAAGGAAAAUUGAAUUUGAUGCUUCAGUUGCUUGAGGAAUUGAAGGAUCCACACUAUUGGGCUGAUGGUUGCUGCAGAGUUAUCUUAUACUGCAUUAGGAAUAAUGAUUUAAGGCCUGCUGUUGAUUUGUUAAAGAAACUCUCUGAUAAUUUCCGGGAUGAUGAUUUGGCCAGAGAAGUUAUUUUCGAUGAGGUAUUUUCUCAAAUUGCGGAUAUGGAGAAUCCUGGUUUGAAAAUCGGCAUAGCCUUGCUAAAAGCUAUCAAGGAAGAUGUGAAGUUGCACCCUUCACGGAAAUGUCUGGAUUUUCUCCUUAGUGCUUGUGUCAAAGGGAAGGAUCUGCAGAUAGCUCAAUUGGUUUGGAAGGAGUAUGAGAUAAUUGGCCUUCCUUACAACAUCUUAAGUUACUUAAGGAUGUACCAGGCAUAUCUAGUUGCUGGAGAUAUGGAAGCAGCCACCUUGUUUCUAAGUAAAAUACCGAAAGAGGAUCCCCAUGUUCGCUCUGUGAUCCAUGCAUGUCGUGUAACUUAUGGAAAACCCAAAGCGGAGGAGAAGACAAAGAAGAAAAAGAAAAAGAAAAAGAGAACUUAAAAGAGAAGAAGAAAUGGAUCAUUGAAAAUAUCCAAUAAAAAAUAUUCAGCAAGAGGUCAAGCUCUCUUGCUUGUUUAUAUCUCAUGUCUCGAACCAGAAGGCCGUUUCUUAUCACGCUUGCUCUUUUAGAGGUUACCCAAGGUUCAUUUCGACUGAGAAGAAGAUCUUUGGUCCAAAUUUUGCGUAGAUAAGUGUAAUACAAUUAAUUCAUUAAUCCAAAUGGUGUCACUUCUGCACACGGAUAAUGAAUCUUACUAAUCCUAACUGUAGACUUGUAGAUGGGACAGCUCUAACCUGUUGAAGUCCCCAAAAGUCGAUUGACAACUUGGAUUUUGGCAAGUAUCCAUAAGAAAAAUGCAAAUACGAGUAAGGUAAUUGAUGAAGAUAUGAUGAAUUACAGAAAUAGGCCUGCAGUUGUUUGCCAGGCAAACUUUCCUGUGCAAUGUUGUAUUUCCUUGAUGCCAAUAUGGCAAUAAGGACAUUAUACUUGAUAUCAAGAAUAUGAUCGCUCAUUUCACUCUUUGCAUUAGCUCAUUUCCCCCCACA